GCACACACGGAGCCCAAGGUCUGUGGACUGGAGCAGCGCCUCGGAGCAGAGGGAGACCUGCACACUGGAGGUGCCACCGCAGGGGUGAAAAAUGCUGCUCUGGGUGUUCUUCCUUGUGAUCCUCACCCUCAGCAGCGGCUCCCACUGCUCGCCGCCCUCCCUGCCCCUCAGGACACCUCGGUAUGCAGAUGCCAUCUUCACCAACAGCUACCGGAAGGUGCUGGGCCAGCUGUCUGCCCGCAAGCUACUCCAGGACAUCAUGAGCAGGCAGCAGGGAGAGAGAAACCAGGAGCAAGGAGCGAAGGUACGGCUUGGCCGUCAGGUGGACAAUAUGCGGGCAGACCAGAAGCAGAUGGCUCUGGAGAGCAUCAUGGGGGCCCUGCAGCAGAAGCACAGGAAUUCCCAAGGAUGAAGAUUGUACCUGUGUUUUAUGCUACCUGCAGCCAAAACACAAGUGUAUCCCAUUAAUCCUGUUUAAUUUCUAACCCACUUUUUCCUUCACAAAUACAAUAAAAUUCCCCCAUCCUGGUCUGCA